UUGUGACUUUCACAGAGAAGGACCUAUAGUCUUACUUUAUUUUACAUCUAAAGAAAUUGUGUAAAAAGUGUGAAAAGUGUUUAAGAUGCCGUCAGAAAUGCCCAGAAACAACAGGAAUUAUUCUGGCGAGGCCUCACAAAGGAACCAAAAUGGUCAGAACCAGGAUCCCCAAGCUCCUCGAAAUAACGAUGAACGGUAUUUAGAAAGGAAUGGAAGAUUAUUGAUGAUGAUGGACUACUUUCAAGUUUUAUUGGAUAACAUGGCUGAGAAUUUGCGACAAAAUGCCCGUACGCUGCACCUGCUUCACCAAAAUAUGACCUAUAUGCGUGAGGAGCAAAUAAGAUUGAUGGAGAACCGGGAGGACCCCCAGGUUUUCGAUUCCGACGAUGAAUUCGAGCACUAGGGAUGGACAGCUGAUCUACAAAAAACGGAAAUAACCUUAAUGUAUUACCAAUAUUUAAAUAAAAAACCAUUAUAAAAAAUUUGGAAAUAUAUAUUUUUUAUUA